AUGAAGUGUGACGAUCAGACACCGGCGUGCGGAAAUUGCUCUCGUCUAUCUCUAACUUGUCUCUUCGAAGACCCGGAGACAAAAAAACGACGGCCACGCAAUUACCUUGAGACACUUGAGGCACGUGUUGCUUUUCUUGAGGGUAGAAGUCAAGGUUCUACGGCGGCAGCUUCUCCAUCUUCCCUUCGAACACCUGAAGUGCAGCAAGGGAGCAGCCGCCACGGCACAUUCGUUUCCGAUGAGGGAGACAGGACAACAGACCUCUCGCUCCAAACUGGACUUUUAGAUGUUAGAAGCGCCCAACCAGAGCCACAAUAUCUAGGCCCUUCAUCCACACUUUCAUUUUCGCACAUACUCAACUCAUCUUUAUCUCGACACCUACCCGAGAGGUCAAAGCCAGCACACAGUCUAUUAAGCAGAGGAGCGUUUUCGCCGUCCAUGCCAUUUUUGUUAGAUAACGAUCUAGCGCUCUCACUUAGCAAUGCCUACUUUGCAAAUAUUCAACCUCAAUACCCAUUUCUUCAUGAGCCGACGUUUAGGUUAUGGGAAAAGAGGCUCUCUACGCAGUCGCAGGAAGUGACCGAUUUGACCCUCGAUUCUGUUCCCCUAUUCUUUGUAAACAUGGUUUAUUCGGUUGGAGCGCUUCUGCUCCCUAAUCAUCAAUCUUUAGCCGAGAUAACUGGUCUCGCUUUGCGCCAAUGCAUAGAACUCGGUUACCACCGCAAAGGUAAGGGCUUUGGGCCAAUAGAAGAUGACCUCCACCUUCAAAUACGAAGGCGAACGUUUUGGUGUGCCUACGGCAUCGAGUGCACACUCUCCCUGUGGCUUGGUCGACCCCUGUCACUUCCCCUCCACAACAUCAGUGCCGAGUUCCCACGCGAUAUUGACGAUUCGCCCAUUGCCGACAGCCUCCAAGGCACCCCUAGGUCAACAAAUACCCCUAAAGCAAAUAUGUCGAAUGCCAUACACGUUUUUCAACUCCGGUGCCUAUGGGCCCGUAUAUAUCACUUCCUAUACUCCGAAGAUGUACCUAUCAGGGCCAAUGAUGGUACGUAUAGGUCUCAAAUAGAAGAGCUCCGUGUCGACCUCGACAAGUGGCUUGCCUCGGCUCCGCAAGUUGUACCGCGAACAGGCCAGACACUCUCUAUUUUGCAACGAGAGCAUGGCACUCCCAUCAAGCACACCUGGCAAACCCUCCGCUGUAUAUUCUUCGCGGCACUAGUAUACCUACACUGCCUGUGGACUGCUCCAGGGGUCUGCGAAACAAUUCAAUACGACGACGUUAGCAGAACCUGUACCGACGCAACUAUGGUGCUGGUGGUAAUUGCUCAGGCGUGGGAGGAGGCGGCGCCAUAUAGAGAUCUUUUUGAAAUGCUUGCAAAUCGUACAAUGACCAUUAUUGUUAGUAGGAACAAUGGAGCGCAUGCUGUACCGACUCCUUGGGCUUCCACAGAUUCCACAGAGCAGGAGACAUGGACGCAGUGGAUGGCAGAUAUUGCCAACACGGGUAUGUCAGAUGAAAUGGAGGGCCUCUUGAGUGGCUUCAUGGAUGAGUUUAUGGCUUAUGAUAUGCCAGAUUGA